GGGGGACGGAAGUGCCGGGGACGCCCGUGCAGGCCCACUUCCGGCGUGCCUGCUGUCAGGGCCGGUGUUGGCGCGAUGUUGCUGCGGGCGGCGUUGUUGGGUCGGAGCGGGUCCGGGCUCUGGGCCCGGGGGCCUCCGGCGGUAACGGCAGCAGCGGCCGCCGCCUCCGCCGCCAUGUCGGGCCCAGGGCUGUGGGGCGCGGGGCGGAGGCCGCCGGCGGCGGCGACGGCGGGAGGAGCACGCGCCCUUCUCGGCCAUCUUCGGAGGGACCCGGAACAGGCCCCGUCUUCUCUCCGGGUGGACGCCCGCAGCCUUCGCACCCAGACCCAGCCGGGGGACGGCGGAGACGGAAGGCUGAUUUACAGCGGGAAUCUGGGCCGAGCCGUGUUCGGCGUGAAGUUCUUCUCGUACUCCAGCAGCGCGGCGGGGCUGGCCCUGCUGCCCUACAUCUUCUCGCAGGUGAGCGCGGAGCCGAGCGGCCUGCCCGCGAAGGUGGCCCUGUCCGUCGUGGCGGGGGUCUUCACGCUGACCACCCCGGUCCUCCUGCACCUGGUCACCAGGGGCUACGUCCUGCGCCUCUACCACGCGGCCGAGACGGACACGUACACGGCCGUCACCUACAGUGCCCUCCUGGCGGAGAAGCGGACCGUCUUCCGCCGGGCCGACGUGCGCGUCCCCGAGCUGCGCAACCUGUUCACCUCCUUCUACGCCAAGACCCAGUCCAUGUUGGUCAAUCCCGCCCUCUUCCCCCUCGCCCGGGACUACGACCACCUCAUGGGGUACGACGAGCCCCCCGCUCCCCACGGGGAACCGGGGGCCGGAGGAGGCCUAUAGGGACCGAGAACGACCUACCUAUAAGGGCCGGGGGCGGCCUAUAGGGGCCGGGGGCGGCCGGCGCGCUCGUCCCAAAGAAAAUAAAACGCUCCCCUUCUGGAAAGAUGCGUGUAAUAAUAAUAAUAGCACUAAUAAUGGCGUUUAGGAGGCGCCUACUACAUGCAAAGCACCGUUCUGAGCGCGCCUGAGGUCACACA